GAAAAUAAAUGAAAAUAUGUAUACUAAUAUUUACACAUCAUUAUCAGAGCAGAACCGAAAAAUAGCACAAAAUUAUAGUAGAUUUUGCAUAAGAGGCAAAUUGAGUCGCACUGUACCCGUAUUAUUAACGAAUAAAUUACUUAAAUGUAUUAAUCUGAUUUUACAACUUCGUGAAAAAGCUGAAGUGCCGAAGAAAAACCCAUAUGUUUUUGGAUUACCUGGUUAUAUUAAAAAUAGAUAUCGACAUCUAAGGGCCUGCCUUUUAAUGCAUGCACAAGAAUGCAAUGCAAAUGAAUCAUCAAGUUUACGGGGUACUAUUUUACAAAAACACGUGGCAACUCAUUGCAUACAAUUGAAUCUUACUGAUCUUGCUACAUUUAUGGGUCAUGCAGAAAAAAUACAUCGAGAGCAUUAUAGGCAACCCCUAGCAAGCAGAGAUAUCCUUAAAAUAUUGCAAUAUUUGGAAGCGGUCCAAGGUGUACAAAAUUUGAACGAAUCUUCAUCUGAAAGUAAAAAGAACAAAAAAGAUGAAAGACGAAAAGAUGGCGAAGAUGAGAUAUUAGAUACCAAUACAAGAAUAGUGUGUGUCGAUGAAAACAUACAAAAGGAAGAUGUUAAUGCACAAAGAAAGAAUGGUGAUUCUAUUGGAAAUGAUGACUUUCGAAUACGUUAGGUGAGUUUCGUAAAUAUUGUCUAAGUUCGUUACUAUUUUGUUAAAAUAUUUAAUAAUAAUUUAUCUUUUUGCCUUGUUUAUCAGAGACUAAUACAAGAAUAAGAUGUAUCUAUGAUCAUACAACGAGAAAAUUGCACAGAGAAAAGUAGACUUUUGGAGAAUAAUGAAAUGUCAAUAUCUUUAGGAAAGUUUGUUUAAAAUUACCUAAUUUCAUUAUUAUUUUAUAAGUAUUUGAUAUUAUCAAAACUCUUGGUCCUUUGCUGUAAACGUUCUUGUUUUAGAGUGUCAAAAGAAAGCGCAAGAAUUUUUGAGUUAUACAAUUAUUUGUAUCUUUUUAUAUAAAGAUA